UCCUAGUCGUAUGAUUAACUACGAUAAGAAGAGAAAAUGUUUUGAAAAUGGAAUUAAAUCUUUUUCGAUUGAUUUUUGUAUCUACCGUUUAUCAGUUCAGUUACGGAGGAGAACCAUGUUAUCAGUAUAAUAGCGAAUCUACAAAAACAUGCAGCAGUUUAUUUGGAUGGUGGGGCUGCAAGACAGUCUAUAGGAGAGUCGUAAAAUGUUGCGCGGGAUAUGAUGGAGAAUACAAAGACUGGACAAGAUCAGAAUCGUCUUUGGGAUGUAAAAUACCACGGUGCCGCGGGGGAUACGGCGAGCGAAGUUGUAACGUACGUGGGGAGGGAUUCGUUAUGAACAGAAGUGGCAUUAUUAAAACAGACAGUGGCGGGGAAUGUCACGCUCCUUCUUUAUGUAAAAAUUGCAACGAAGGUUAUUAUCCAGUGACGGACCAAGGAGGAUAUUGCAAAGCUUGCAAGAAACCAGACAAUUGUAAUUUGCCGCACUGUACAACAAAAGAUGAUUUCAUAUGUAAAUUUUGUGUUGGUGAAUAUGAACCAGAUAAACCUGGAUUUAAUAUCUACACAAGUACUCCAGAUCCUAAAAGAUGUCAAAGAGCAUGUUCAUGGAUGGAAGGUGCCCGGUGUUUUCCAGGAGUAUGCAAUGGAAAUAUGAUUUUGGAAGAUGACUGUAUAUGUGCCUCUGGUUUCACUGGGAAAUACUCUGAUUGUGCAACGUUUACUCAAGGUCCAGAGAUAUAUAAACAUAUGCUUGAAUUAAGAGAUGAUUUAAACCCACCAAUUCCUUUAGAAAGUUCUCAAACAACUGAUGUUAAAUGGACUAACGAUGGCUUUUGGUCCAAAGUUACGGUGAAUGCCUCGUCACGAUAUAUUCCUGGACCAGAGUUCAACGCUACUACAACAAAGCCAAGUUACAUUAAAAAUAUUACAUAUGGUAUGACGGAAAUGACUGUGACAGUAACUUUUUCCAGAGGAAAAGGUCAAUCCAUAUGGAAAGAAAAGGCGCCGUUAUGUACAGUAAAGAAGUCGACUUGCAAAAUAGCAUUCACGAAGGCGUUGCCCAGUAUUACUGAGUGGAACACAAUAUUUCAAAAUGAUUUUUCUUUUAAACAUCAAGACAGAAUACAAUUUAGCGUCUCUGCUAAAAACGGGGGAUAUGUAACAUACGAAGACAGAUCUACGUCUGAACGUUUUGAAAACCGAUAUCCACUGAGAGGUAAAGAAGUGACAACAAAGACCCUUGAACUAGGAUUCGACAUGUUCCCGCCUGAACAUUGUUUUGAAACAACAUUUUGUACCGAAGAUGCUUUACGCGCCCAGGACAUAUUAAAAGAGCCUAAAGUCACAGUGUACUGGGAAGGAUGGUUCGACGACCAUUCGGGUAUUGACAAAUAUGAAUUCUUCGUAUGGUAUCUAGAUUCGAAGGGCAAAAGUUCAGGUCAACUAGAACGAAAAUAUUUAAUCAAUCCUACACCAGUCGUUGGUUCCUCACAGUCCCAAAUUACACUUAAUUUAAACGAACAAGGACCGUAUUCUAUCGAGAUGAUUGUUAAUGAUACAGCAGGGAAUGAAAAAGCAGCACAAAGGAUCAUUCUCUUUGACAACGCAUCCGUGGUUGAAAUGUACGGAAAUCCGCUUAAGGUUGCACAGGCUUCUUCAGACGGCUGGAUCAACAAAUUCAGCACCCUUAUAAACGUCAUGUGGCCGAACAGGUUUCGGAACAUCAGACAUUAUAACGGAGGUUGGCUUAAUGGUGUGAAGGAUGCAAAUAUAUCUAGACGUCUUGAUGAUCGCGAUGGACGAUCGUCAAGAACAGUUGAAGAGAUAUUUAAUAUAAAAGGAAUUGUCCGCUUUGAAAUUGCCUAUCAUACUGAAGUAAAUGGACAACUGACAUACACAAAUUUCACACCUGUCCCUGACAAAUAUAUUCGUUCGCAAAAUAUGACAUAUGAAAAUGAAAAGUUUAUCGAUGGUAAAAAGCUGACCUACAAAAUCCGUGCAUUUGAUAUUGUUGGUGAAUUCGCCGAGGACAAUGUUACUGUGAUGAUAGACCUCUCACCUCCAGUUAUUCAGAACCUGUGGCUUACAAAGGGAACGUUCGAAAACAUAAGUGUUCACAGCGUUAUUGAGCUGACUGAUCUUACGAUUGAAUGGUUAACCUUCGACUAUCACAGCGGUAUCCAUGAAGUGUCAUGGAAGAUAUUUGAUAAUUUUACUAAAAUGGUUUUCGUUCAUGGACAGUCUCACGAACCACCACAAGGCGAGGCAAAGACGUUAGACGAGUGCAAACAGGCGUAUAGAUCAUAUCCUCGAGGACCAAAUUGCUACUGCUCACCAUAUAAUGGAUGCUUUCACAGACAUUAUCAAAUAAAACCACCCAUAUCAGUUGACAGUAACAGCGGUUUACAUUUGGGUAAAGAAAGAGGAGAACAUGAUUAUGACUACUUCAUUGAAGUGGUUGUGAAAAAUAAUGCCGGGUUGAUAACUGUCCAAUAUAAAAAGAUAACGAUUGACGCUUCUCCGCCACAUGAAGGUACCGUGUAUGAUGGAAUUCCUGGAAACCCUGAGACUGACUUUCAACAGUCGCUACAAAUAGCAGGACAUUGGGACGAGUUCUUUGAUAAAGAAAGUAGCGUGUGGUUCUAUACCUAUGGAUUUAGCCAACAAUGCUUACAAGAACACGAUCUAGAUAUACAUUUAAACAGAGAGGUUAACUGGACCUACGCCAGUAGAGCAGAAUUUACAGCACAAAAACCUGGCACAUAUCACCUGACGGUAAUGGCAUAUAACCACGCCCUUGAUCACUGCAAGCCUGUUUGUUCUGACGGUGUUACCAUAGAUGUCAUUCCAGCUGUAGUAUCAGAAAUCAUUGUAAAAAAUGCGGUGACAGCUAAUGGUCUUGUCAAAAGUGAUGAAAAUGAAACUGUUUAUGUUCUACAUAGAAAUAGAGAAUUAGAGAAGGUUUUACUGCCAUCGCUAAUUUGCAAAAACCGGGCCACAACUGUGUCAGAUUCUGUAUUAAAACUUUACCCACAUAAAAGGCGUAUAAAUGGGACAAAGAGUUUUGUUAGGUUGAGUGACCAAUGUGAUGAUCUGUAUGGCGUCAAUUCAGACUUAAUUGCAUAUAUAACCUCUGAUUUUAGGGUUGAUAUAUCUUGGAAUGUAACAUCAGGUGCUACUAAUGUGCAUGAUUUCGAAGUUGGAAUUUCGUCUGAAAAUUCUGGAUUUCCGGAUGUUAUGGACUUUACAACAUCGCAUCAGCACCAACAUAUACGUUUGUUUCACCCAAAUAUUUUUGACGGGGAACAUUUUUAUGUAUUGAUUAAAGCAAUAACGAAAUCAUCAGUUAUAGACAUAAAAGCGAUUGGGCCUUUCCUCUACGAUACAGCAAAACCGGAAUUUACGGGAGCAGUAAACUUGACAGUUGAACAAGCUAAAUAUGACACAUUUCUUAUUGCCAGAUGGGCUGUAAGUGCAUUUACAGAUCACGGGGAUCCUAAAGCUUUAUCAUAUGAAGCCUCUAUUGGUUCCAACAGAAAUGCGCAGGAUAUCCUCCCAUUUAAUAGACUCUCCAUUGGUGGAAGUUGUAAUUCACUAAUACCUCCGACAUGCACGGCGUUUUCAACACAUUUCCUUCCUUGGCAUCUACAUGGGGAACAGUAUUAUUUUGUGACGAUUAAAGUUCGAGACACAUCGGGACAUUUUGUGACAGCCUCUUCCAAUCAGUAUAAACACAAUAUUGAACUUGCUUCAAAAGGAGUUGUUCAAGACGUUGUCGGUACAUCAGAGCAGGUGCAUACACAGCUAGAUUUUUUUGACAUAGAUGACAUCGACUACCAGAUAAGUACAUCAAAGUUAACAACAAGAUGGUCAGGUUUUGAACAUCCUCAUGAAGAUAUCAUUAUUACUGUGUGCAUUUCUAACGCUUCAAGUGGUGAAUACAUGACUUGCGAGAGUAGUGAUGAUAUAGCUAGACAUGUCUUUACUGGUCUUAAUCUCAAACCAUACGAGACAUAUUACCAUACUGUGAUAGCUGAAACAGAGGCGGGAAACAUUACAGCAGUUUCUGAUGGCGUCACAGUGGUUAUCGAAGGUGAUGAAAUUCAAGGAAUACAAGUGUUUGACGGACCGCAGUGUAACUAUUCAAACAACGAAGAUCUAAAUCUUACUACGUCACAUCAUUUCGAGGACACACGUGUAACUUGUAAACCAGAUAAGGACUUUCAGUCAUCCACAAAUAUUCUUCAAGCACAUUGGAACAUUCCAAAGAAAAAGAGAAAUUACCUUAAAGUUAUAUACUGGGCAAUUGAGGAACGAGCCCCAAUAGCUGAUAUUUGGAAGAUGCGUAUUGAUUAUCAACAUUUGAGAACAACAUCAUCUUACCUUGGGAAAAGUGGUUUGUCGUUGUCUCCUGGAAGGACGUAUAGGAUUUCUUUAAAAUUAUGUGCCGAUCAGUUCUGUUUCAAGCCUGUGCACAGCGAUGGUGUCACUGUUGUUCCAAAUCCUCCAUUAGCUGGGAACAUUUCAGUGGCUUACACAGAUAACAAGACACUGCAGAUAAAAGUGUCUGUGGAACCGUUUAAGGAUUCGGAUAUUGAAGACUUGUCGCAGUCUCGUACAGUCAUGGAUCAUUAUGAAUGGGCAUUUGCCGAUGAAUCAAAGUUAGGUCGUUUGUUAACAAAAUGGCAGCGGAUAUCGCCUACAGAAUCGUUGACUGACACGCUGCUCCAUUUUGUAAUAGACCUGAAUGAGGAAAUUGCAUUUACCAAAUGCUGGAUACUAGCUUUGCGAGGAUAUACCAAAGCUGGCUUGUCGUCCACGUCGUCUUCUGAAAUCAGAAACUGUCAAGAUCUUCAGCAGGUUAGACCUAGUGUUGUCAUUGACGCUGUUGGGGAGCCUCUGUCAUCAGAGAAUGCCCAUGUUGGAAAUGAAAUAUUCCUUGAACAAAACGAUGUUUGGAAAGAGUCGGAUAAGGAUUACACUCCAUAUAACAACAUUAUAUCCGCGGUUUGGCCAACUUUGAGGCACGCGUAUUACACGUGGGCGGUGUUAUUAUUCCAAGAAGACGACCCGACAGUAUUUUAUGAUCUUUCCAAUAAGCUGGAUUUGAAAAACCCUUGUGAACAUCCUGAUGCUAUUAAGUGCGGUAGAACAGUCCAUGAAUUCAUAAACGUGAAAUUUGAGCCAGGUGAACUAAAACAUGGCAAUCGUUACAUCGUUUGUGUACAUGCAAAUACAACACAUCUUCAACACGAGUUUUGGGAACAGAAACUGGAGGAAAUUAAUCAGUGUAGUAAUGGUGUGACUGUUGACAUUACACCGCCAGUAGCUGCAGACGUUUGGAUAGGACAUACGAAACAAUAUCUAUUUCAGACGUCAACAUCGGAGUUAUCAGUAAAUUGGAAUUCCUUUAUCGAUGUAGAAGAAGAAGGAUUUGCUGCACAUGCAAGCGGAAUUACACACUACGAGGUAGCUUUAGGAACUAGUGCAGGUGGUAUAGAUGUUCAGCCUUUCACAAAUGUUGGACUCACAAACCACAAAACGUUCCAUAACCUUAAAUUACAAAACGGGCACACAUAUUUUGCAACAGUAACCGCCUACGAUUUUACUGGCCAGUUUUCAAGUUCAAAAUCUGAGGGAAUCAAAAUUGAUACAACACCACCACAACUGACAGAAGCUUCUAUCACUAUUCCUUCUAGGCAUAUUUCUAACACAGACUUUGUGGAGGCUUGCUGGACUGGUGUAUUCAGCGAUUUAGAGAGCGGAAUAUCGCAUUUUAGUUGGGCAAUAGGAACACAAGCUGGCUACGCUGACAUAUUCAUGUUUGAUAAUAUAGAGGAAGAAUGUGCACAAACUCCAGAAAAUAAACCUUUGACUUUGAAAGAGGGACAUGCGUAUUUCGUCACUGUGGAGGCGUAUAACGCAGCUGGACUUUAUACAGCAACAUCAUCUUGGGCUAUUACUGUGGAAGCAACGCCGCCCGUACCUGGUAAAGUGUAUGAUGGCCCUUUAGGAAGUGAUGGUUCCUGUGUUGAUGUCGAUUAUCUCGAUAACCGAACCACAUUACAAGCCCACUGGAAAGGUUUCCAUGACCCUCACAGUGCUAUAGUAGAAUAUUUUGUGAAUAUAGGUUCGUGUAAGAAUUGUGGAGAUGUCAUGGUAAAGCAACCUGUGGGGACGAUAUCAGAUAUUAAAUUUACAUAUCUUCAGCUAUCAGAAGGACUCAAAUAUUUUGUGACUGUAACAGCAUGUAACACAGCUAAUCUAUGUUCGGCAGUGUCAUCUGAUGGAUUUGUUGUUGAUUCAACCCCUCCAGUUAAAGGAAUAGUUAUUGAUGGACCAUUUGAUGAUGAUGUUCAAUAUCAGGCAUCUAGGAACUAUCUUGGAUGUAAGUGGGAAGGUUUCACAGAUUCCCAAUCAGAUAUUUCCCACUACGUAUGGAGAGUAGGAACAACAAAAGGUGUCGACGAUAUACUGCCAGCUACAAAUGUUCACAAACACGAGGAAGCUUUUAUUUAUAAUCUUCACUCCGGAUACGGAACACAUUUGCCGAAAGGAAUGCGUAUCUAUUGCUCAGUUCGAGCUUAUAACAAAGCAGGGAAAUUUACUGAAGCGUCAUCGAAUGGUUUCAUUGUUGAUGAUACUCCUCCAACGUUUACCACCAAGUUAUCAAUGUCACCGAUUGGGACAAUUAAAAAUCGGACAACAGUGCUUAGAACCACUAUGAAACUCUUUUGGGACGUAGAAGAUAGCGAGUCUUUUAUUGAAAGUCAACAUUUGUCUAUUUCAUCUCGUAUUGGAGGUGACUUUAAUCUUACAUCUAUAACGAUAGAGGGUAUAGUAAGAGAUUACACUUUCACUGACUUGGACUUUCAUGAUGGAAGUUAUUACUGUUUCAAGCUUAUAUCCUGUAAUGGUGCAAACCUUUGUACCGAAUCAGUACUCGCAGAUAUCUUAGUUGACAGUACUAGACCAAAAGCAGGAACGUUUGCCAUCAACACAGACCAUGCAGCGGCUUUAAAUCGUCAACCUGAAAAAUGGAUGACGUGGACACCUGUUUUUAUAAAUCUUGCUUGGCUUGGAUUUAAAGAUGUUCAUUCUGAUAUUCAUAUAUAUACUGUAAAUAUUGGCAGUCAGUAUAUGGGUAACGAUUUAAAUGAGGAGCCUCAUACGCCAAUGAAUGUACAACACAGUCGAAAUUCCCCCUUUUACGAAGACGGUAAAGUGCAGACAUUCAAAUUUCGCACUCAAAGGCUCCGUCUGAACAAAAAAGUCUAUAUAAGUGUAUCAGCGACGAAUCAUGUUGGACUUACAAGUACAGUAGUACACUCUCAAUUUAACCUCCUUUUUGGUGGUAUUAUGGAGUUGGUGCGGAGGUGCGACAGCUAUUCUUGCUUAGGACACUGCGUCUGUGCUCCACAUGGAAAUAUAUGUCGCAAAAACAAGCCUUGUAAUGAUAUCAGUGACACAGACGACACUGUUAAUACCAUAAUUGAGGUCAGGGAUUAUCUCGAUUUACGAUUUCCUGAUGACUAUCCACAUCCAUUUCAUUCUCCAAUCAAUACAAUGCUUGCAGCAAAAUGGAGCGUAAAGACCUUGGAGGGAGUUCGUCCGGUCUGGUAUGAAUGGAGUGUAGGUGAGAGUGUCCAUGAUACACCCUUGGGUGUUUUUGACACUGUAACAGACAGAGUGUGGCAUGAUGCUGGACAAGAUAACUCUUGUAUAUUCACUGUUGAUAGAGGUAGAAAAGUUUUGGAAGAACACAAAACGUACUCCGUUUUUGUCCGAGUCUGGUACAACAGUGAGACAUAUGCAGUAUUCAAAAGCGUUGGAGUAACGAUCUACCAUACCCCACCCUUGUCAGUCGUCAUUAAAGGCAAGAGUGUGAAAGAAGUAGUUAGAGGAAGCACUAGAGAUGUUGAUUUCUUCACAAGAAACACGCAGGUAGAGGCCCACUGGUCUGGAAAAUUUGGAGGCGAUAUAUCGAGAUAUCAUCUAUACAUUAGCACCCAUCCUGGGGGUCAUGAUUUGCACAUCGUUUCGAAAACACUGCACUCAUUCAUAACAAGUUUCAACAUAACAGGAUUUAAAUAUGAGGAGAAUACAAAAUAUUAUACUGUUGUUCAGGCCUUCAACUUGGCCGGACUUCACACUACGGAAGUGUCAGAUGGAUUCAUGCUUGACGUACAUCCGCCAACUUCUGGAAUAGUUAUGGACGGCUUUGUUUUUCCUGAUAAGUACGCUACAGCUGUAACAAGUCAUGUUCAGUCCUUCUGGCACGGUUUCUCAGACAUUGGAUCUGGAAUACAAACCUACGAAUAUUGUGUCUCCUCUGGUCUUAUAGCAGGCACCUGUGAUAUAAAACCACUGUCGUCAGUUGGUAUUGCAACAAAUAUUAAGUUUUAUCCGAAAGUCAAGCUCGAACAAGGUACUCUUGUGAGGGGAGAAGUUAGGGCGCGCGAUGUUGUUGGUCAUGUGUCUGAACUCGUAUCGUCUAAUGGAAUGAUUGUUGACACUACUGCACCAGUUCGAUCUAAACUUGUUGAAUGUCAGCAAAACAUUUUACAGGAUUCCUCAUUUGAAAAUGUUAUGCAGUUAGGAGAAAUAUAUGUGCUGUGUGACAACAUAUCUGACUCACAGUGGAAUAUAUUAAGACACACUUGUGUUUCUGUUGUCAAGUCGAAUAUGGCACAGCAUGGCGCAUUCAGUUUACAUCUACAGGGGUCGAUAUCUCAAACUAUAAAUACUACUAUGCAUAGUAGGUAUAGGUUGACCUUUUACACAUCAACAAUACCGUCAAAUACGUUACAGUUAUCUACAGUUGAAGGUUAUACAGAAGUAAAUGCCCAAAGACAUAUUUUCAUAAUGUAUAGUAAGCCUUUUACAGAAACAUACGCAUGGCAAAGGCAUGUCUUCUUUUUUCACUCGGAUUCUAACAUUACUAAAGUGGAAUUUGGAACGGUUAAGAGUCUUGUGGCUUUUGCUUUAGACGGAAUUCAGUUUCAGCUUUGCGAAGUGUCAUCCACUGAAGCACAUGAGGCAAAUGGUCAUGUAAACGUACAUACAGUAUUUGUUCAUGACUGGUCGUCAAUACAUGCAGAUUGGGCUUUCACCGACCCGGAGACUGACAUCCUAGAGUACAUGUGGGCAAUAGGCACUGUGCAAGGUGGGACACAGUUGCAACCAUUUGUCAGUGUGGGUAGGCGAACAUUUGCCAGCAACAACACUCUAAGACUCGAACACGACAUAGUGGUAUUUAUAACCGUUGUCGCAGUCAAUGCUGCCGGUUUGAGAACCGUUAGUUAUUCGGACCCGAUCAUGAUUGAUCUUACAGCCCCUGAAUGCAACUAUGUUAACGACGGUCCAAUAUUUGGUCAAGAUCUUGAUUUUAUAAGAGGACUUAAACUUGAUUCACAUUGGGAUAUAUCUGAUCCUGAGUCUGGAAUUAAAGAAUGCCAGUGGGCUUUAGGUACAUUUCAAGGUGAUACAUCUAUCCAGGCAUUUUUUACACUGCAACCAGAUAAAAACAAUGCGAGUAAGCUGUUUGAAGCUAGUCCUUCUGACAAUAUUUUUGUAACUGUUCGAUGUACUAAUGGUGCUGGCUUAACGCAUAAAUGCUACUCAGACGGGGUCAGACUGUUACAAACUCCUCCUUCGGUUGACGACGUCAUAUUAGAACUGUUAACUACUUCACUAACCCAGUAUGAGACAAGAAGCCGUUACCAUGGCAACAAUACAGAAAUACGAUUCAGGUGGACGGGUUUUAAAUCUGAUGAAGGAGUUCAAAGUUAUUUGAUUGCCCUGGAUGGAGAUAAAGUUUCAACUUCAGAAAUUGUUGAAAGUUCUUCGUCGGGUUACAGUUACGCAAGUUUCACAGGUCUGACGAUGGCAGAUGGGGAAUACACUGUCUCCGUAACUGGUAUAAAUGAAGUAAAGAUGUACAGUCAGAAAAUAUCAGAUCGUUUUGUAUUAGUCACACAUCCGCCAAGUCUUACAGGGUCAGCAAUCAGGACAAGCUGGACUGAAAGUACUUCCACUGUCACUGCAAGUUGGGAUAAUGUGUUUGUAUCAACUGUUCCUAUGUACUAUGAAGUGUCAGCAAGACUUGCUGAAGGCGGGGAAGGAGAUCUUGUUCAGUGGCAAGAAACAGUUGAAUCACGAAUAGAAAUUGUGCUGGAUACAAGUGAAUUGCCCGAUGCUGGUGUUACUGUCCAUUUAAGCGUCCGUGCAAUAUCGUAUUCUGGAUUGUUUACUGUAGCACAUAACAACCUGCUUGUGUUACCUUAAGAUUCUUGCUCCUGUACUACAGAGAAUGUAGUUUCAACUUUAGUAGCUUUACUAUAUGUUGAACAGAAUGUAUUCUAGAAGUGUGCUAUUUAAAUUUUACAAAUUACCUUUUACUUUGAUCACAGGAUCCGCCAUGAUUGCUGUUAUAAAAAAGUAUAGCAAACAGCCUAAAUAGGAAUAAAUGAUAAAUGUUGAUUAGUUAAUAUAUAUAUUUUACCCGUAACGACUGCAGUUUUAAUCAGAUUGUAUUUCUGUUCUAUUUUAUACGACUUUUUCAAGUGCCAAAAUGUAGGAAACAACAUUUCAAAACAAUAUCAUGAUAUAAAUUUUGUACUGACUUUUAUGUUGAGCAGUAAACAAAUUUUGAUUUCUACGAGCGAAUUUGGUCAGUUAUUAUUCAAUAGUGCCGUCAAAACAGUAUGACUUGACGUAUGACGCCAUGAUAUGACGUCAUAUAUAUGCUAAGAUUGUAACACUGGGCCAAAUAACAAAAUCUGUAUAUUUCUUAUUUGAUAGUUCUGUUCAUAAAUAGUUUGCAAGGUAAUAAAUUACUUGUACUUAAGAAAUAAGUUAUAAUAAAACCGUGUUUUAACACUAUUUAUACACGAUGGGCGGUUAUACGUCGCUGCACCCUCGUGAAUUUAUUUCGCCCGAGGUAUCACCACCCAUCCUGUAUAAAUAGUGUUCAAACACGGUUUUGCAAUAGAUUAUUUCGAUUUCAAUAUGUCUUUUAUUGUAACAUUUAUAUCAAAUAUGAUAAAACCUUCACGCAUGCAUGGCACCAAAUGGUAGGUGGUCACGCUCCUUUGUUUAUACACGCUAGGACCGGAAAUGAUAAUACUUCUGUGGAAGAGUUCAAUUUGAGCAAAGAUGAUUGUAAAUUAUUCUUCAAAGCGGAUACGCAACUCAGUAUGUUUGUAAAUUAAUCAAUACAGUUCUGCAAAGUGACAUUUUGUUUUAAACAUGCUAUUAAGUAGCAUAUUUGAUCUCAAAUUUGAUAGCGCUGUAUCUAAUUACAUAGAUGGCGCUAAAUAUCAAUUCGACGUGUCGUCAACGUAAUAUCGUUGUGAUGAUUUAAGCAUUGCUAGCUCGAAUGACGUAUUGAGCUGAAAAUGUAGUACUUUAAAUGUGAAAUGUUUGCGUUGUUAGAAUCGAAAUAAUAACAUGUUCCUAUUAUGUUAUUAGUUAAUAAAAUACAAACAACCGUUUGAAUGCUACGCACUCGUGAUUUAAUCAUUACGCAUCCUAACUCCUGGCCAUAUUUUAUAAACUGUUAAAACAGGAACAUAUUUCUUAUAUCUUAAUUUAAAAUAAAAAUUAUUGUCAUUUUGCGUUCUAUUAUAAGAUAAAUGUGUAUACAUGAGCAUAACCCUCGUCAAGUCAUUAAGUUGCAUGUGCUGCAACAUUUUUACAGUAUAAUCAAUUGAAAAGAUGACACACCACGUACUAAAAUAGACAUUGCAGCUAUCAGUACCGACAGUUCAAAUGCUAUAAUCGCUUUCCCCUUUGUUGGUAUUAUUGAUGUUAAUAUGUACGAGUUAUUUUAUUUGUGCACGAUUUAUUGCUUUUUUCCAUAAUACAUGUAUGUAAAUAUUACCAAGUUUGAUUUAUGUAAUCUGUGUGAAUUGUGUGGUACUGUCAGAGGGAUAAUGCAAUUACCAGUUGAAGAGGUUGAAAAUCCCCACUGAUAUAAUACGUUUCAUUUUUAAAUUAUUCUAAUAAGAAAAUAAAAUAAGUCUUUACUUUAUAACAACGUCUUUGAUAUGUAAGACCAUAAGUCCAUUUAGAUUAUAUUAUACAUAUAUGUUUGAACCACCACGAUAUACAUGUGUCUCGAAUGACUGAUGUUUGAUUUACUUGCGAAAUAAAGAAAACGAAAACUUG